AUGGGGUAUCCUAAACACAUAGACAUAAAUAAGCAGUAUGCUCUAGGACAUUCCUUCUUUGGUCUCUUGCCUGGACUGUUCAUGUACGGUACAAUCUGGUUAAGAGAACACAACAGAGUUUGUGAUAUCUUGAAGGCAGAGCACCCAGAAUGGGACGAUGAGAGAUUAUUUCAGACAUCAAAACUAGUUAUUUUAGGUGAAACUAUCCAAAUAGUAAUAGUAGAUUAUGUGCAGCACCUAAGCAACUAUCAUUACCAAUUACUUUUCAAUCCUGAAUUGCUAUUUGGUGAACCGUUCCAAUAUCAAAAUAGAAUUGCCGUAGAAUUUAACCAUUUAUAUCACUGGCAUCCUCUAAUGCCUGAUGAAUUCAACAUUAAUGGAACUAAAUAUACCCUGAAAGAAUUCAUGUUCCAUCCCGAGAUUGUGGUCAAACAUGGAAUGAGGGAAUUUGUGGAUUCACUGUCCAAACAGAGAGCUGGCAUGUUUGGCCCUCACAAUCACGGCUCUUUGACCAUCCCCGUAGUAACGGAACUCAUCAAACAUGGCCGAACUCUGAGACUCCAGUCCUUUAACCAGUACAGGAAGAGAUUCAACCUUAAACCGAUUAAAUCCUUUGAGGAACUGACAGGAGAAAAAAAAAUGGCCAAACAGCUCGAAAAUUUUUACGGUGAUAUCAAUGCAGUGGAAUUCUAUGUAGGACUUAUAAUGGAGAAGAGACGUCAUAAGGCCUUAUUUGGGCCUUCCAUAGUGGAGAUGGGAGGACCCUACUCCGUAAAAGGAUUAAUGGCCAAUCCAAUUUGUUCUCCUAAAUACUGGAAACCCUCCACAUUUGGAGGGGAUGUAGGAUUUAAUUUAGUUAAAACUGCAUCUCUUAAAAAAUUAUUUUGUGAGAAUAUGAAAGGAGAAUGUCCUGAGGUUACAUUUAGAGUCCCGGAUUAUAGGGAGGGUGACGUGCUAGACUUAAUCAAACAAAAAAUGGAAUUAUAA